AUGGCCGACAAGAAAGUAGACUCGGGGAGCGAGUCUGACAGCACAGAGGAACCAGUGGUUGGAAAUGUCAACAAGUUUGCAGUUGUUCCACCAGGUUACAGUGGUCGGCCUAAGAAAGGACACUUGAUAUUUGAUGCUUGCUUUGAGUGUGGAAAUCUUGGACGUGUUGACUACAUUACAGAAUACGAGUAUGAUUUGUUCAUCAGACCAGAUACUUGUAAUCCGAGGUUCAGAGUAUGGUUCAAUUUUACAGUAGAAAAUGUCAAAUCAGAUCAGCGAGUCAUCUUUAACAUUGUCAACUUCAGUAAAACUAAAUCACUAUACAGAGAUGGUAUGUCACCCAUGGUUAAGUCAACCAGUCGACCAAAAUGGGUGAGAAUACCAGCCAAGCAUGUAUACUAUUACCGGUGUCCAGAUCACAGGAAAAACUAUGUGAUGUCCUUUUCCUUUUGUUUUGAUCGUGAGGAUGAUGUGUAUCAGUUUGCCUACUGCUAUCCAUACUCCUACACUCGUCUACAGAAUUACCUCGACAACUUGGAGAAGAAGAACAUGGACUUCUUCUCGAGGGAACUGCUUUGUCUCACAGUUCAACAGCGACGCCUGGAUAUGAUAACCAUCACACAUCCUGAUAACCUGGAGAUGGAUGAAGUCAGACAUACUGUGUUUAUCACUGCAAGGGUUCACCCAGGGGAAACACCUUCCUCUUUUGUCUGUCAGGGGUUGAUUGACUUUUUGAUUAGUAAUCAUCCAAUAGCGAAGGUCUUACGAGAACACAUUGUGUUUAAAAUAGUCCCCAUGUUGAAUCCAGAUGGUGUGUACCUUGGAAAUUACAGGUGCUCGUUGAUGGGGUUUGACCUGAACAGACACUGGCUAGAACCUUCACCAUGGGCACAUCCCACCUUGUAUGCCACAAAAAAUAUUCUCAUGGAGCUUGACAGAAAUGAGAAAGUGAUAGUGGACUUCUAUAUAGACAUACAUGCCCACUCUACUCUGAUGAAUGGAUUUAUGUAUGGCAACACUUAUGACGAUAUCGAACGGUAUGAACGACAGUCUGUAUUCCCAAAAUUACUCUGUGCCAAUGCAGAGGACUUCUCACUGGCGAACACAAAUUUCAACAAAGAUGCGGUGAAGGCCGGCACUGGCCGCAGGACGCUUGGGGGCUGUUUAGAUGACAACUCACACUGCUACACCUUGGAGGUAUCAUUCUUCAGCUACCAGACAAGUCAGUCCAGCAGUUCUCUCCCCUACACAGAGGAGGGUUAUAUGAAGUUAGGGCGUAAUUUGGCUCGAACUUUCCUGGAUUAUUACAAACUUGUAAACUUCAUCACAGCCAAGCCAAGCAGCAGCAUUGUACCCAAACCUGGCCCCUAUAGGAUGCGAGACCGCCAACACGAACGAUCACAAACAGACCCUCCAGUAGAUUCAUAUGAGGACAGAAGACGAUCGUACAACAGACAUAGUGAUUUCGGUAUCAACAGUUGUAAUGGGUUCGGUGACCCUCCCACUUCUAUACGGCUCCAACUGAGGGACAGAGAUGUGAGGAAAUAUUGA